AUGGGAAAGCCAUCUUCUUUGGUUACUCUCAUUGUUUCUGCCCUUUGCUUCUCGGCUCUUCUAGGCUUUGCUCAUGGCGACAAUAUCACUUACAACAUUCAAGGAAGGAUUUAUUGCGACCCAUGUCGCUUUCAACAAGAGACUAGGUCUAGCCUUCCCUUAAAAGAAGAAGGCAAUGUGACAUACACAAACACUGGAAUAACAGAUCAAAAUGGCGUAUACAAUAUACCAAUGGAAGGCACUCAUGAGAAUGAUUAUUGUGAGAUAUUGACUGAUCAGACUACUCACACAAGUUGCACUGAGACUGUGGCUACUAAGGGCGAUAGAGUUACACUAACGAUGAACUCAAAUCUCUCAUCUUUCUCAACUCGUUUCGCCAGACCUUUGGGAUUCAUGUCCAAAGAAAUUGAUCCUCGUUGUGUCCUCAUGGUUAAGGAAUAUGAUAUAUUCAAAGGUUGA